ACAGCACACACUUCACUUUUGUACGAGAAGGUAUGUGUACUCUUCAACAUAGCGGCACUGCAAAGUAAUGUAGCGGCUGCACAAUCGUUAGAUUGUGAUGAUGGCUUGAAAAUGGCAUUGAAACUAUUACAGCAAAGUGCAGGUAUAUUCCAGUAUUUGAAAGGUGCUACACCAGCUGCCAUUCCUUCGGAACCCACUCCAGAUUUAACGCAAGACAUGUUGACUGUGCUGCAAGCUUUAAUGAUUGCACAAGCGCAGGAAGUUGUUAUACUGAAAGCAAUCAAAGAUAAUAUGAAAGAUCAAAUCAUUGCAAAACUCUGCUGCCAGGCUGAAGAAUUCUAUGCUGAUGUUCUACGUGCCAUGCAAAAAGAAUCUGUGCGUAGCUUAUGGGAUAAAGAAUGGAUACCAACUGUGGCUGGUAAGCAGGCUGGUUGUCACGCGCUGACGCAGCUCUAUCAGAGUUUGGUCUGUCGCGCCUCUAAAAAGAUUGGAGAAGAAAUUGCGCGCUUACGGUCUGCAGUUGAUCUAUUCAAAGCAGCUCAAACACGUUCUGGCAACGCAACAUACUUGGAUGAAUAUUUUAACCGUGCUAAACGGAACCUAGCAGAAUCUACAAAAGAUAAUGAGUUCAUUUAUAAUGAAAUGAUACCGGACAUAAGUACUUUGGCUGCACCAGGCAAAGCACAAUUGGCCAAGGCAUUGCCAUUAGCAUCGCCUAUGUCUACUAACUUUAAAGAUAAAUUUGAUAAUUUGGUGCCUGUUGAACUACACAAUGCUAUAAUGGCUUCUGAUACGCGCAAGAAUGAAAUUGUCAAUGCCGAAGUAAUGAAAUUACGUGAGGCAACGCAGACAUUAAAUGCGGUAUUGGCAAGUUUAAAUUUGCCAGCAGCUAUAGAAAUAACCGAUGGCAGCAGUAGAUUACCACCUUCUUUGCUGGAUAAAGCACGUGAUGUGCGCGAAAAAGGUGGUAUUGAUGGUGUGCAGUCAUUGCUUAAAGAGUUACCAGAGUUGCUUAACCGUAAUAAAGAAAUAUUGGAUGAAACAGAACGUAUGCUAGAUGAGGAACGUGAUUCUGAUAAUCAAUUGCGUGCACAGUUUAAUGAACGUUGGUCUAGAAUCUCAUCAGAUAAAUUAACUGAAAUGUUCCGGACUAAUGCAAAGAAAUAUCGUGAAGUGAUAUUCAAUGCUAUUGAAGCAGACAAAGUUGUGCGGCAGAAAUUUGAAGCCAAUCAAAAGGGUAUAAGCUUAUUAUCACUCUCACCAGAACAAAUAAAUCAAGCGGUACCGAGUGCUAAUGGCACCGUCGAUCCUAAUUGUCCAAGUGUGCAAAAAUUAAGAGCAUUAAUGGAAUCUGUGGAAACAAUAAAAGCAGAACGUGAUGCUAUCGAGUCAGAACUUAAAGGUGCGACGUUCGAUAUGAAACAUCAAUUUCUGCAAGCAUUACAAAAGGAUGGUGCAAUAGAUGAACCAGCGCUAUCUCUUAUGCGCAUUGGUGAAGUAUUAAAUCCAUUGCAAGCACAAGUAAAGGAAAGUAUUGAACGACAACAAACAAUAAUUGCUGAUGUACAACAAGGACAUAAUGAAUUUAUCAGUGAAACUGGUAAUUGCGGUAGUUCACGCGAUAAACUGUAUCAAGAAUUAGCUACAGCUUAUGAUAGCUUUAUAGAGUUAUUAGGCAAUCUUAAAGAAGGCACUAAGUUUUAUAAUGAUUUAACGCAGUUAUUGGUUGUAUUUCAAAAUAAGAUUUCCGACUUCUGCUUUGCACGUAAAACUGAAAAGGAGGAAUUGCUUAAAGAUUUGACAACAGAGUCGAGCAGACAAGCACCAGGACCAACACCCACACUACCAUCCCAUUAUGCUUCAACAUCAGGCAGUGGAAGUGAUAUAACAGCACCAACUAUUGCGCCAUCUCCAGUACCUGCUGCCCCUACUGCGGCUUCAACAAAUAUGCCAUAUCCACAACAAAUGCAAGGCAUGCCAGUACCAUAUGGAGCAGCACCAAAUAUGCCGUAUCCUGCUUAUGCGCCACCACCAAUGCCGCAAGGCUUUAAUCCAUAUGCUACGCUUCCUUAUCCAGGAUCUGCUUACCAAUACAGUGGUUUCCCACAAGGACCGCAACCGGGACAUUAUGGUACAUACCCCGGCAGUUUUGCACAUCAACAAGGUGGUUAUCCUAACCAGAAACCACCAGGCUGGUAAACUAAUUUCUGAAUACAAUUAUCGAAAGCUUUUUUUUCUCACGAAAGUAAUUAUUUUUAUUUUUUAAACAAUUUUAUAUAUAACAUUAAAUUAA